ACAUCAGUUCUUCAUUAUCAUCUCAACAUACUCCGCAGCAAAGUUAUCUUAUAAACCAGUGAUCAGCAAUGAACACUCUCAAGAGACUUCUCCCAGUAGCUUUGCUAUCAUUGAUAGUACUGAGCAUGUUUGGUAAUUCGCUUUCAGCAGCUACACCAUACGGAGACUGCUGUCUCGCUUAUUCAAAGAAGCGACUGCCACGAAAAUUAAUCUCUGGCUAUGUAGAGCAAAAAUCCAAUGAAAUAUGUGAGAUAGAUGCAAUUAUAUUCUACACCAUCAGAGGAAGAGCAGUGUGUGCAGAUCCUGAGCAGCAAUGGGUGAAGAAAGCAUUGUAUUUUUUGAGCAAAAAGCUGAAAAAAAUGUCACAAGAUUGAGCCGCGUCUCGAGGAAAGAAAUUCGCUGCAUUUAGCUGGAUUUAUUUCACGAAACCUUUCUGCACAGUAUCUGUGCCCAAACAAUAGAAGUUUGUUAAAACUUCCAUAAUUUGUAUCACUCACAUUUGAUGUGUAAGCCACUUUAUUUUUAGUAUGUUCUACUGAACUAAAUUAAGUAACUUAACUGUAUAUUCUUAUUAAUUUUUUGCUACAUCGUUCUGGAUGGUUGUGAAUUAAAUGACAGUGAUUGUAAUAUAAUCACCUGUAUGUGUGUUCAGUCAAUCUAAGCUUGAUUUAUUGGAAAGUGAAAGAUAAAGAGGAAUAUCUCCGAGUUUAAAUAUCACCAUGUUAUUUGCCACCAUUGUUGUUAUACUCAAUGUCAGUGAAUGAAAAAUAAAGAUAAUUAUUUCAGU